GAAUCUGCAGCUCAUCUCAUCAUCAGUCACUGCGAACACGUGUUAAGGUAUGGUCAUAUGUGUAUUCGACAAAAACACUCGUGUGAACGUGCAAACAAUAAAAUAUUGUGAUGAUUCAAUGAAAAAGUUUGGAAGAAAAAGAAAAUCAUUUUUUCGAAGAUUAUCGAAAUGUCGAGCUACGGAAGUAUGUCACCGUCGGACGAGGGCUUCGACAGAUACGAUCCACCAUUCUACUGUCAACCACCACAUCAAGGUAGCUCCAUGGAUGGCAGUGUGUAUUGGCCGGCUCCCAACCCUGAAGGUCAUGAACUGGAUUCCUCCGAGAUAUACCAUGACAACGCGCACUUCAUAGGACGAAGCUAUGGUUACGAUGAGAUGCAGGUCACUUCGAACGAGCCAUACGAUCCUUUCCACCACAAUAUUCAUCAUUCCUACACUCAGAACGGCUCAGGUCUUGAUUGCGAUCUCCAGUCCCUCCCGCUCCGGUACGAGCGACCGGCUCCUCCAUCGUUCAUCAGAGUCGCCAAGCGGCGUACCACAGCCAACAAGAAGGAGAGGAGACGCACCGAAAACAUUAAUACAGCGUUCUCGGAUCUGCGUGAUUGUAUACCUAAUGUGCCGCCAGACACGAAACUUUCAAAGAUGGUGCGCAAGAGAUCUCAAACUAUCAACAUAGCCUUCUCGAAUCUUAGGCAGCACAUUCCCCAUGUACUGCCCGACACUAAAAUGACUAAGAUCAAGACCUUGCGGCUGGCAACGUCCUACAUCUCAUACUUGCUGAAAGUAUUAGAGAGUGAUGGAGAGCCCGCGGGCGGCUUCAGAGCCGACCUCCAUCACACGCCGCCCAGGAGACGGAACGCUGACGGGAACCAGAGUUCGGCUGACAAACGCGGCAAAGGCAGAACAGGCUGGCCACAGCACGUCUGGGCUCUGGAGCUGAAAACCGAACAGAAUAUACCCGCAUGAGACCUUAAUUUGACUGCGUCUGUCAACGCGGCUGCCUGCCGACACUGCGUCGAAGUGUGAAGUUUGUAUUGCCGUCCCAGACCUUUUAAGCAAAGACAUACACUUGCAGUUGACGGGAUGAUGGUCCCUAUGCCAAAGAUAUAAUAAAUUCAUCGCGCGAUUUAAGUUUCAAUUUUAAAUGUUCCGAUACGGAAUACCAUUAAAGUUUAUGUGUUUAUGUUUAAAUUGAACAGCGAAUCCUCAUAAAACACGUAUUUUACAACGCAGUUCCACUAUAACACGCAAAAAAAUAAUCCCUAAAACCCUCUCUUUUAACACGGUACUGCUACAGCACGAUAAUGAGAUUUUCUUUCAGGAUUAUUUAGAAAAUUACAUUAUGUACUCUGAACACACUAUAUAUUAUGGGAAUAAGCGAAAUUUUUAUGUGUUUGUUUAAAUGUGUAAAAUAAGUAAAUGCUUUUGGCUUUCGCCGAAAAAUUGAAACACUCUUUAGUUAUACUUACUUUUAUUACUACAAUUUCACAUAAUCUUCGCUUUACUUAAAAAUUGCCUUAUCCGGUACACUUUCAGAGAUCAUCCUGGUUCUGCCUUCGAAUUAUAAUCGUUUGUAACUCCGCUCAAUCCGUGACAAAAUCCGCCAUCUUUUUGCGGUCGCCCCGCGUUUUUUGACAGCCGAAGUGCACAGCAGUUAAUUGUAGUCAUGAAACUAGUGUUUAACUGAUGAAUUAUUCUAGAUAGCGACCCGCCCUCGCUUCGCUUCGGAAACUGUAAUUUAUUAUUGAUUUCUCCACUAUUUAAUGGAUGUUAUUAUAUACAUAUAUAAAACUUUCUCUUCAAUCCCUCUAUCUACUAAAAAACCGCAUCAAAAUUCGUUGCGUAGUUUUAAAGAUUUAAGCAUACAUAGGGAUAUAGGGACAGAGGAAGUGACUUUGUUUAACCUUUGCACAGUAACAUUCAAAAUGACGACUUUGACGCCAACUGCUGCACCCGGAAUUCGGUGAAUCAACUGUCCGAAAAAACCGAGAUCCAGAUCCAAAAAACUGAUUUUCUCUACAUCUAACAUGAAGUUUGUGUGCGAGAGAGAAGGCCCAUUUGACGCAUAUCUUGUUGAACCCGGAAUUCGGCGAUUGCACUGUCCAAAGGUUGUAGUGUCCAAAUGUAGUGAAGUACAUUUAAUAAUAAUAUUUACAUAAGUGAUGGGCAAGAGGAUUGGCUCUAAAUAAAUAUAUUUCAAUCAUACUUCGAUAGAGUUUGUUAUUAAUUUUAUGCCUGUUUAUAUUACUGCAAUUUAAAUAAAAUUGUCCUAACAGUUAUAUAUAGACUAUAGUGUAGAAAUGGAAUCAGCAACUUAUUUAGAAUAAUAUUUUAGCUCGUUUAUUUCGAGAGGGCUGGUGGUCGUGGCGCCGACGACCGCCGGUCCGGUGUCCCCCUUCUAUUCUUAUAUAACACGUUUUUGCACAACACGGGACUUUGUUGUAACGUAUCUACCGUGAUAAAGGAGAAGUAUUUCUGUCCGCGAUUACCCUUCAGUAAAAUGAUAGCUGUAUUGAACAUCGCACUGAACGCAAACUGGUUGGCAGUAGGCAUAUUUUAUGAGCAAUAAUUUUUGUUAUUAUUGUUUUAGUUCGAAAUUACGCUAUGUGAUAUGUUAAAUAAAUUUUAGUGUUAUCGUGUGAAUAAGUAGAGAAAUGUAUUACAGAUCGUAUGUUUUAUUUUUUAUUUAUAAUAAGUGCUAGUGUAUAUUUGUAAGUCACAAAAAUAUCUAAUUAUUAAUGUUGCAAUAGUUGUUUUUGAAACGAAAAAAGAAAAACUCUUUUGCUUUGUGGGUUUUUUAAGAAUUUAAUAAGGUGUUUUUAGUUCUAUAUUGCUUUCUCGGUCUACCGUCAGCAGCUCCUUCGAGCGAGAAAGAAACGACUGCAGUUCCGACAGUACCCCUUCUACGUAAAACGCCCAUAUUAUUAGCGGCUUAAUGUGUUUGUCACGUCCAAAACUGGUGACUUUUUAAUAUUAAUACCAAAAAACUAUGAAAGACUGAUCGCGUCUGUAUGUUUUAUUUUAAUUUAAAUUAAAAUAACGAUUAUCGACAGCGGAAAAUCGAGUAUAUUUCGUAAUUUUAGAUGGCUCCUAAUGCAAAUAAUAUUUCGCUUAUGAAAAUAAGCAUGGCGGAUCAUAUCGAGCGGUUUGAUUAUAGUUUUUGACUGUAUUGUUUUAAAGUAUAAAAUGAAGUAAAGUAUAGUGAAUAAAUAUGUUGUAUUCUAAUGCCGGCCACUCACAUGCGCGCAAAUAUUCGUACAUUGUACGAAUGUUUGCGCGACAACAGCGCGCGAACCGCGAUCCUUCGCGUAGUCUCCCACACAUUCGUGUGACCAGUUGCGCCCAGGAUUGCGAAGGCAACGGACGUUUCGCUAUUUUCAUAGAUCGUGACGUCUACUGUUUAGCGUAUAUUCAUCAAAAGAAAUCCCAUAAAAACAUCAUGGCUAUUAAUGGUAUCUGGGAAAGAAUUCAAAACUCUUUUCUCUUCAAUGUUUUAUUGACGAAUUAAAAAGGAGGAGAAAUUCGUGAGACAUUCGUAAACAAGUGUAGGAGGAAGCGCAAACGGGUUCGCAAAUUGAGUACCGAACCCAUUUGCACAGCCGCUAAGUUUGCGAAUGAAUGUUUGACGGCCCUUCACAUGCGCGCAAAUAUUCGUACAUUGUACGAAUGUUUCGUACAAUGUACGAAUAUUUGCGCCCAUGUUUCGUACAAUGUACGAAUAUUUGCGCGCAUGUGAGUGGUCAGCAUUAAAAAACCGACACAGCUUGGAAAACCACGAAUGCAGCGAAAACUUUGCAUAAUUUAACGGCCGUCUGGUGUAGUGGUAAGUGACAUGGUCACUACACAAGGGGGUCGCCGGUUCGAAUCCCGCCAAGGGAAGAUAUUUGUAUGAUAAAUAUAAAUGUCUUUUCCAGGGUUAUGGAUGUAUAUUAAAUAUAUGUAUGUGUAUAAUAAAAAUCUUACAUUUAUAUCCGUUAUCUGGUACCUGUAACACAAGUUCUUUAUGAACUUAUCACGGGAUCAGUUAACUUGACGUGAUUGUUAGAAAAUAUUUAUUUAUUUAUUAUUUAUUUAUUUAUAAUCAUUUGCAAAUGUCGUCCUACACUUGCGGGUUUGCGUAUUCGUGCGCAUGUGAGUGACCGGUGUAAAUGCAGUCCACGUCCACUCUUAUGGCUUCGGUAAAGGCCAUAAUAUUUUAAUAAAUUGUUGGUUCAAAUCAAAAUACAUUUUACACGACAGUGUUUUUUGUUUAAGUACAUUUACAUACCUCAGAUCUUUUUUCUUCUUUUAACUUUUUUCCUUAUUUUUGUAAGCCACUGCUAUUUGUGUGGUAGGUACCAUUUAAAUUAUAUAAAGAAUCGACCAGUGGUUUUUGAGUUAUUUUUGAUAAUGAAUAUAUAAUAAUUUUUUUUUGUUAUUUUUUUUAUUUUUUAGAUCAUUCUAAGUAUUUCGAUUACACAUUUACGUCAUUAUUAAACUUUAAUUAAACGAGAAAUGUUUUAAACUUUGUCAAAUGUUAUUCGUAAUUAAUGUUUUUACCAAAGAGCAUGUGCCAAAUAUAAUUUAUGAGUAUU